GGGCGUGAUCGUUCAGAGUUGGAGGGGCGGGGCGCCGGUGCGUUUUUAGAGCGCAGGCCGCCGCAGCCGCGGAGUAGCCGGCAGCCGCUGACGCGCCGCGGGGUCCGCGCCCAGCCUCGCUCGUCCUUUCGGUGCCUCUCCUUAGCCGCGGGUGUCCACGCCGGACCCUGCACGGCAGGCUGAGUUGCCUGCCAGACUCCUGACCCAGAUCGACCCUGCGCCAAGGAGCCGCGCGGCCCGGCGCACACGGAAGUGGCUGUGCAGUGAGCACCAUGGGUUCCUCUCUGCCCUUCUCCUGUGCUUGCCUGGAAGCUGGGCACUACCGUGCUGUUCCAUGGGUGCUGGAAAUCUGAACGGAGCUCCUCGCGCUUAUGCAGAAGAUACUUCCAUUGCCUGCAUCUUUUCCAGGAGGAAUCCAGCAAGGCAUUGGACAAGGAGAAUCCAGCAGCUUUACGGUUUCUUGCUGAGCUCUCAGCAGAAUGUUACCCAUCUCGAAACGAAGUGCUGGGGUCUCGGGAGAGACAGAGAAAGUCUUUCUGUAAUGCUGUGGGUAGGAGGCACUGGUCGUGCAACUGGAAGACAGCAGAUGGUUUUCCUGGCCUGUGUGUGUGAAGACCUUAAGAAAGUUCCAUGUCCAGGCAAGAUCAGCUCUGAAUGGGCUUUGGAAGGUAAAGAAGAAAAUCCAGUCUGCUUUCAGGGACACUGGACAACCGAAUAAAUGCAGUAUCUAAAUAUAAAAGAGGACUGCAAUGCCAUGGCGUUCUGUGCUAAAAUGAGGAGCUUCAAGAAGACUGAGGUGAAGCAGGUGGUCCCUGAGCCUGGAGUGGAGGUGACUUUCUAUCUGUUGGACAGGGAGCCCCUCCGCCUGGGCAGCGGAGAGUAUACAGCCGAGGAGCUGUGCAUCAGGGCCGCCCAGGAGUGCAGUAUCUCUCCUCUCUGUCACAACCUCUUCGCCCUGUACGAUGAGAGCACCAAGCUCUGGUACGCUCCGAACCGAAUCAUCACUGUGGAUGACAAAACGUCUCUCCGGCUCCACUACCGCAUGAGGUUCUACUUUACCAACUGGCACGGAACCAAUGACAACGAACAGUCUGUAUGGCGACAUUCUCCAAAGAAGCAGAAAAACGGCUAUGAGAAGAAAAGGGUUCCAGAAGCAACCCCACUCCUUGAUGCCAGUUCACUGGAGUAUCUGUUUGCACAGGGACAGUAUGAUUUGAUCAAAUGCCUGGCUCCCAUUCGGGACCCCAAGACGGAGCAAGACGGACAUGAUAUUGAAAAUGAGUGCCUGGGCAUGGCGGUCCUGGCCAUCUCCCACUAUGCCAUGAUGAAGAAGAUGCAGUUGCCGGAACUUCCCAAAGACAUCAGCUACAAGCGAUAUAUUCCAGAAACAUUGAAUAAAUCCAUCAGACAGAGGAACCUUCUUACCAGGAUGCGAAUAAAUAAUGUUUUCAAGGAUUUCUUGAAGGAAUUUAACAACAAGACCAUCUGUGACAGCAGUGUGUCUACACAUGACCUGAAGGUGAAAUACCUGGCUACCUUGGAAACUUUGACAAAACAUUAUGGAGCUGAAAUAUUUGAGACUUCUAUGCUACUGAUUUCAUCAGAAAAUGAAUUGAGUCGAUGCCAUUCGAAUGACAGUGGCAAUGUUCUCUAUGAGGUCAUGGUGACUGGAAAUCUCGGGAUCCAGUGGCGGCAGAAACCAAAUGUUGUUCCUGUUGAAAAGGAAAAAAAUAAACUGAAGCGGAAAAAACUGGAAUAUAAUAAACACAAGAAGGAUGAUGAGAGAAACAAACUCCGGGAAGAGUGGAACAAUUUUUCCUAUUUCCCUGAAAUCACCCACAUUGUAAUAAAGGAGUCUGUGGUCAGCAUUAACAAACAGGACAACAAAAACAUGGAACUCAAGCUCUCUUCUCGAGAGGAAGCCUUGUCCUUUGUGUCCCUGGUGGAUGGCUACUUCCGGCUCACUGCAGAUGCCCACCAUUACCUCUGUACUGAUGUGGCUCCCCCACUGAUUGUCCACAAUAUACAGAACGGCUGCCACGGUCCAAUCUGCACAGAAUAUGCCAUCAAUAAGCUGCGGCAGGAAGGGAGUGAAGAGGGGAUGUACGUGCUGAGGUGGAGCUGCACCGACUUUGACAACAUUCUUAUGACUGUCACCUGCUUUGAAAAGUCUGAGGUAUUGGGUGGCCAGAAGCAGUUCAAGAACUUUCAGAUUGAGGUACAGAAGGGCCGCUACAGCCUGCAUGGCUCUAUGGACCACUUUCCCAGCCUGCGAGACCUCAUGAACCACCUCAAGAAGCAGAUCCUGCGCACGGACAACAUAAGCUUUGUGCUGAAACGAUGCUGUCAGCCUAAGCCUCGAGAAAUCUCCAAUCUGCUCGUAGCCACUAAGAAAGCCCAGGAGUGGCAGCCUGUCUACUCCAUGAGCCAGCUGAGCUUUGAUCGGAUCCUUAAGAAAGAUAUUAUACAAGGUGAGCACCUUGGCAGAGGCACAAGAACACAUAUCUAUUCUGGGACCCUGCUGGACUACAAGGAUGAGGAAGGAAUUGCUGAAGAGAAGAAGAUAAAAGUGAUCCUCAAAGUCCUAGACCCCAGCCACCGGGACAUCUCUCUGGCCUUCUUUGAGGCUGCUAGCAUGAUGAGACAGGUUUCCCACAAACAUAUAGUGUACCUCUACGGCGUGUGUGUCCGAGAUGUGGAAAAUAUCAUGGUGGAAGAGUUUGUGGAGGGGGGGCCGUUGGAUCUCUUCAUGCACCGGAAAAGUGAUGCGCUUACUACCCCCUGGAAGUUCAAGGUUGCCAAACAGCUGGCCAGUGCCCUGAGUUACUUGGAAGAUAAAGACCUGGUUCAUGGAAAUGUGUGCACUAAAAACCUCCUUCUGGCCCGUGAGGGCAUUGACAGUGACAUUGGCCCGUUCAUCAAGCUUAGUGACCCUGGCAUCCCAGUCUCUGUGCUGACCAGGCAAGAGUGCAUAGAGCGAAUCCCCUGGAUCGCUCCUGAGUGUGUUGAAGACUCCAAGAACCUGAGUGUGGCUGCUGACAAGUGGAGCUUUGGAACCACGCUCUGGGAAAUCUGCUACAACGGAGAGAUUCCUCUCAAAGACAAGACCCUCAUUGAGAAAGAGAGGUUUUAUGAAAGCCGCUGCAGGCCUGUGACUCCAUCUUGCAAGGAGCUAGCUGACCUCAUGACUCGCUGCAUGAACUAUGACCCCAACCAGAGACCCUUCUUCCGAGCCAUCAUGAGGGACAUUAACAAGCUGGAGGAGCAGAAUCCAGACAUUGUUUCAGAAAAGCAGCCAACAACAGAGGUGGACCCCACUCACUUUGAAAAGCGGUUCCUGAAGAGGAUUCGUGACUUGGGAGAGGGUCACUUUGGGAAGGUUGAGCUCUGCAGAUAUGAUCCUGAGGGAGACAACACAGGGGAGCAGGUAGCUGUCAAGUCCCUGAAGCCUGAGAGUGGAGGUAACCACAUAGCUGAUCUGAAGAAGGAGAUAGAGAUCUUACGGAACCUCUACCAUGAGAACAUUGUGAAGUACAAAGGAAUCUGCAUGGAAGACGGAGGCAAUGGUAUCAAGCUCAUCAUGGAGUUUCUGCCUUCGGGAAGCCUAAAGGAGUAUCUGCCAAAGAAUAAGAACAAAAUCAACCUCAAACAGCAGCUAAAAUAUGCCAUCCAGAUUUGUAAGGGGAUGGACUACUUGGGUUCUCGGCAAUACGUUCACCGGGACUUAGCAGCAAGAAAUGUCCUUGUUGAGAGUGAGCAUCAAGUGAAGAUCGGAGACUUUGGUUUAACCAAAGCAAUUGAAACCGAUAAGGAGUACUACACAGUCAAGGACGACCGGGACAGCCCAGUGUUCUGGUACGCUCCGGAAUGUUUAAUCCAGUGUAAAUUUUAUAUCGCCUCUGAUGUCUGGUCUUUUGGAGUGACACUGCACGAGCUGCUCACUUACUGUGACUCAGAUUUUAGUCCCAUGGCCUUGUUCCUGAAAAUGAUAGGCCCAACUCAUGGCCAGAUGACAGUGACACGGCUUGUGAAUACUCUGAAAGAAGGAAAGCGUCUGCCAUGUCCACCCAACUGUCCUGAUGAGGUUUAUCAGCUUAUGAGAAAAUGCUGGGAAUUCCAACCAUCUAACCGGACAACUUUUCAGAACCUUAUUGAAGGAUUUGAAGCACUUUUAAAAUAAGAAGCAUGAACAACAUUUAAAUUCCCAUUUAUCAAAUCCUUCUCUCCCAAGCCAUUUAAAAACGUUUUUUAAGUGAAAAGUUUGUAUUCUGCCUCUAAAGUUCCUCAACAAAUACUCGAGUUACACAUAUGCAUAUGUCACACUGUCACUCAGUGUGUGGAUAUGCCUAUGUCACACUGUCACUCAGUGUGUGGAACUUUCUCUUUAAAGGUGUAACAUCUUAAAUUUGGUGAUGAAUAGUGACAACCAAAAGACUAGAUUGUGCCUAAGCACUCCUUCUGGAACAACCGAAUGAUCAGCUGCAUAGCAAAGGACUGUGCCGCUGGCAUAUUGAUCUCAGAUAAAAACUUGUGGACUUGGCUGACACUCUCCCUUGCCCUGAAAUCUCAAUGUCUAUUCAGUGAUAGUACAAGCACGUAGAUACCACUUAGUAUACUAUUGUUUCUAUUAAAAAAAAAAAAAAAAAGGUCUGUUCCUGCUACCUUUUAGGACUGAAGUUUUAAGCACUGGUACCCACUGUGGGGCAAACCUGUGCUGCAGGAGGGAGCCUGGCAUACACACUCUGCAUGUUACUUCUUGAGAACUAGACCUGUGUGCCUGUGUUUUCCUGAACAGCUGCUUUCUGUCAGGCAGACUCCUCUGACCUGGAUGCGGUCACAUCCACCUUUAAGAUUGUCAGUGCAUACUCCUUCCUGACGAUCCCCUGGGGCAAGCUGCCGACAGUGGCGUAAACAGGAGACAUCACCCUAUACUGCGAAACUACAGAAAGGAAGACAGCUUGGCCCAGCGGGCUGAAGUUCAGAAUUCACUAGGUAGUUGUUGUUGGUUGACUUGGAGGUAGCUGGGUAAUCAACAGCUUUCACUUUAGAUUCAAUGUGAACCGCAGAGUUACUCAUGACCAAGAGUCUGGCAAACUCAUUAAUGCUGUUUAAUACUUGUUUGAUAUUUUUUCACCUUUUGAGCCCUUUUCCCAAAGAAUUCAAUAUCAGUUUAGUAGCAACAGUACAGUUGCCAUUUAAAUUGGUUUAGUUGCUGUAUAUCACCAUAGCCCCUGUUUACGUCAAACCUGUGUCUCGCUCUAUAUGCACUUUGUUUACUCUUUAUACAAUAAACAUACUAAAGACUUCA